UUUAAGAGGUUUUACCUUUAUCAUCUGAUGGUUAAUAAUCACAUUAAUCCAUUUGAUCGUUUUGGGUGAAGAGAGUAAGACUCAGCGCAGUGAAGGCAGGCGGACCGAUUUUUGGGGAAGUACUGUUUGAUCUGCGACACCGGGGCCUCCUUUAGGAUCAAAACAGGACUUAAAAGAGAAAGGACAAUUUAAACAUAUGUGACGUAAAAAAAAGAAAAGAAAAAAAAGUAGACUACAACACGUAUGCACACGUACACAAACUGCGAUCCAUGAGUACGAACAUUUAAGGAGAUGGUGAAGUCAAGACAGAUUCUUAACAUACAUCAACAUAUAGACUGACACAAUGACUAGCUCCUUCCUGCUGGUGUGUAUUUUUUUUAAUCAUAAUUAGAACAACUUUUAUUGUUUGUAGUUUGAAACAUCAGCAUGACAACACCAAAGACCCAAAAGGAGGACAAAGGAAGGCCGAGGAGGCUGGAGCUUCCACCUCAUGAAGGCGAUGAGCUCUCAGUGGUUGACAUGCACACAGGCGGAGAGCCUUUACGGAUCAUCCUCAGUGGCUAUCCAGAAGUCAAAGGCGACACUCUGCUGUCCAAGCGGCGUUACAUCAAACAACACCUGGACCACCUCAGGAGGAUGUUGAUGUUCGAGCCACGGGGGCACUAUGAAAUGUACGGCGCCCUGCUAGUGGACAGUGAGAUGGACGAGGCCGAUUUAGGGGUUCUGUUCAUGCAUAACGAGGGGUACAGCACCAUGUGCGGACAUGCCAUCAUCGCCCUCGGCCGCUUUGCGGUCGACUACAAACUUGUGAAAGAACUGCAGUCACCAGAGACCCAAGUGACCAUCCACUGUCCCUGUGGUCUGGUUAAGGCUUUUGUUGAGUACUCUGACGGUAAAACAGGGGGAGUGCGGUUUCUCAGCGUGCCAGCAUUUGUCUUUGCCACAGGUAGGGUCACCAUCUUGAUGUUCUCUGAACAAGAAAUUCUGAUCCAGGUCUUGUCCAUGUUCCUGCAGGGGUUAGUACAUAACGACUUUGUUUUGACAGAUGCAACUGUGACGGUGGAAGGAUUUGGCGACGUCGUAGUUGACAUAAGCUACGGAGGGGCUUUCUAUGCCUUUGUAAACGCCCAGAGGUUUGGCUUGGAUGUAACCAAAUCCAGCACUCGAGAUCUAGUAGAUGCAGCCACAGCAGUGACCAAGGCCGUCAAAUCCCAGGUUAAGUUGUGUCAUCCAGUUAGCGAUGAUUUGGCUUUCAUCUACGGCACAAUCCUAACGGACGGCAAAGACGCUUAUUCAUCAGAUCCCACUGCUAAUCUGUGUGUGUUUGCAGAGGCUCAGGUGGAUCGAAGUCCGACAGGUUCCGGCGUUACAGCAAGAGUAGCUCUUCAGUACCACAAAGGUCUCAUCCAACUGAACCAGAGCAGGACCUUUGCAAACAGUGCAACAGGGUCCGUGUUCACAGGGAAAGCCGUCGAGGAGACCAAAUGUGGAGAUUUUCAGGCAGUGGUAGUGGAAGUUGCCGGAAGAGCGUUUUACACCGGCGUGUCACACUUUGUGCACGAGGCUGGUGACCAGCUGAGUGAUGGGUUUCUGCUGAAGUGAGCCUCAGAUCUGAGUUUAAUGCUCCUCUGUGAUGAAAAUGGAUCUUUAGCAUCAAGGUGUUCAUGCAAACGAUUGACUUUAAAUCAGAUUACCAUCUAAAUUCAUGUUAAUAAUUAUGGGGGGGGGUAGUACAUGGGGAUGUGGUCUCCUCAAUGAAAAUGUUGGACGCCUCCAACACUUUUCAAAAAUGAAAAGUCAACUGUAAAGCAGUGUUAGAUUUUUUGCAAGUGUGCCUCCUUUUUAAAGGAAAUGUAUAAUUAAUUACCUGCCACAGGACAAUUUGGUUACUUAAACAUUCAGAUAAAUGAAUGAAUUUAAAGCACACAAUUACUGCACAUCCACAGACCUUACUGUUCUAUUUUCAACCUACCCAACACUUUGUUUUUUAAACAGAUGUUUGAUGAAAGCAUCAAACAGAAAAUCUUGCGGUAAAAUGUCCAUAAAGCGCUGCUUUAUAUCUUGGAGGGGUCCAACACUUAGUGUGGGGGGUUGAAACAAUUGCAUAUAGUAAAUCUUAAUGUAUACUGGUAGUAGUAAACAGUGUUGCCACAGAAACUUUGAAAAGUGACUUCAUUUGUUACGUUUGUCAGCAGCUGCUGAAUGUAACUAAUAAAGUAGUAAUCUAAUGUGGUAAUUUUUAAGAUUGAGUACUCAGAAAAGUAACAGUUACUUUGCUGAUUAGAUACUUUGUUGAUUACUCAAUCCUAAGAGAAACCAAGUUAGAUUACGAGUUACCUUAUUAGUUACUGUUGUUGGCAGCUCCUAAUAAAGUAACUGUACAAAGUCACUAAAAGUAUCUUUUCAAAGUAACUGUGGCAACACUGGUAGUAAAUGUUAUGCAAUAUUUGUCAUUAAUGUCUGAAGAAUGUAAUAAGAUUUCCGACACGACUAUCAGUUUGUUACUUUGAGAAGUUGUGAGUCAGGUCUUGACGGAUGAAAGCUAAUGUUAGUUAGUGAAGUUUAUUUGAUCCAGUAAAUUGAAGUUUAUCAAAUAAAUUGUUUAUUAUUAAGUGGCUGAGUCACUUUUUAGGUAAUUAUAUAUGAAAUGGAGUAUGUUCUGCAGGAAAUAUAUCUGUCCAGACUCUAAAGUGAACCCUUAUUGUAUAACUGAUUACAGAACCAGGAUCAAUGAAUGUAGCAUAAAAAUGUGUGUAUCACACGAUGGUGUUACUGCAGUUAAAAUGAGGGGUCCAAAACAAAUAAAAUGGAAACGAAAAACAGUAAGUUUGUUCAAGUUAAUGUAAUUGUGAUUUGUGCUAUGCAAGUGAAAAUUGAAUAAAAAGGAAAUGUGAAUUAAGCAUGUUGAUGUAAAAGAAAUAGGAAAAAAAUGUAAAGUGUAACAAAUUAGUGGUUGUGAAGAUGCCGUUUCAGAGUUGGUGUCAUCUAUGUGGGGGCUUAAUUGAAUAAUCAAUACACUUUGCAGUUUUACCAUUAAUAAUGUUAUCUUAUUAGCAUGUACAUAGUGGUACCAUUUCAGCAUAUGUCAUAAAAACUUGAAUACUGAGUAGCAAAGUGUUAGUGUGUAAAGCAAUCAAAUAAAUGCUCAGAUUAGAUGGUUGAAGAAGAUUAUGUGCUCAGUCAGAAUGUGACAGGCAAAAGUGGAGUGCACGAAGUUGUUAGACGAGUGACCAGUAGAUGGUGCUCAGUCAGUUAUGUGUGUAAAGGUAAUUUGUGUAUUUAUUGAUAAGUGAGUAUUAAUUGGCUGUUAAGGAGCAGUAUUGGUUACGAUGAGGUAAUGAAUUGUUGUGAGGUUUGCACUACAAAAAAGGGGCAUCUAAAUAGAAGAUAAAAACACUAAAUCUGUGGGGAAUUAUCUUGCUGCGUGGACAGAUUUCACUUGAUGUCUUGAAUUAAGAGUGUUUAAUCUAUAAAUACUCUUCGGACCCUGAAAACAAGAUAAAUUAUAACACUUUGAAGUCUAAAGUUUUUUGUUUUUAAUCUUGGUACACUGGAAAUUAUUUACUUACCAAGAU